AUGGCUUCCGCCAAUCCCGCAAGCGGCGAGAAGCGGCCGGAGGAUCGAAUGGUCGCCCGCGUCGGACACAUGCUGAACGAACUCUUCAUCAAGACUCGGGGGGUGAUGCACAUGAAUGUCCUCCUAAGGUGGGCAACCGCGGCCGAGGUCGACUUACGGCGGGGCGACAUACUCUUAUGGAAGACUUGCACGAUGCCCAAAGCCGAGGAGCGCUUGUUUCCCUCUGGCAUACCGACGGACAUCCAGCUGCGAGCGUACUCGUUCGAAAACUGUCGUCUCGCUAUUCAGGAAGCUUCGCCGACUCUAGCUUAUGUCCUACAAGGUCUGGACGCCAUCAUUCAAGAGCCAUCCCUCAGGCCCGUCACCCGAUCUCCCAUGGUAGCAUAUCUACUUCGCAGCCGCGACGACGGCGACGGCAACAAUAACGUAGCGAUCGACAGAGAAGUCCAAGCCCGGUACCACACGGUUGUCAAGGUUGUCACAGAGAUGCCGGAAAAUGAUUGCUGGGACGCAGCGCCUGGCAUGGUCAUCGAUUCCACUUGCUGGCAGCUUGGUUUCGGCGACAGCUGUGCCAAUUGGGAUACCUAUCUUAAAAGGAGGGCCGUCGAGGGCGAAUCUAUUUGGUGGGAACCUUUCGGUACUUGCUUCAGCGAGCACGAGGCGGAUCUCCAGCGAGGCGAGACUGUCCACGCCUUCCUUACCGAAGCAACCAUUCGAACGAUCAACAACGUGCUCUACCGAGAGAUCUCGCUUCUGGGAGGCCGCGAAGCUGUGUUUAGGGAUUCAUCUGAUGAAGAGUUCAGGGCAUGGCGGAAACAGCUUUACGGUGUAUUGGGGACUGCCUUAGAGCGUCUGCGCGCGAAGGCGGAUUGGGUGCUAUUCUCGGACCCGGACAAGGAUAGCUCUGUCAAGAAAGCGGAACUUCAGCAACUAGUACACGGAAGCGGCGGAGAGGAACACGAGAUCUUCAUGGACGCUUUGGACGGCGUGAUCGAUUGUCAGCGAGCGCUCUUCAACCACUACAGCCCCAUAUCCGAUGCCUAUGAGGAAGAACAGGGACUAGAGGGUGAGGACGAGACGGGGGAUUCAAGGUCAACAGAAGCCGACCGCAUCUAG